UCCGACGCGUCAACUUUAAAGCGACACAUGCUCCGGAGCGUGCGCGAUCCCAGUUGCCACUCAGAAAAUCCCAAGAAUUCCUCCGCCGACGAGUGUCUGUGCACAAGGACAAUACCCAAAAAACUGAUAUAAUGAGUUCUUGAUACCAAACAGUCGCCGCAAUCAAACCUCAUUGGCAACAAUUCAAUUAGUUUUCGGUUGUGAAUAUGCUAAAAAUUGAGUUCUGACCCAAAAACAAACGACACCCCCGCCACUUCCCAAAUAACCCAGAUUGAAAACUUUGGAUUAGCCGAGCGCCACUAAGAAUUUUCAAAACACUUGAAUUAUGGGCUUGGAAAAACAUUACCUGCGGUACGGACGCACUGCCAGAGAUCACCUUCUCGACUGGGCCAUUUGUGGGCGUGGUAGUCGGCAACAACAACAGCAGCAGCAGCAGCAACAUCCACAUCAGCCUCUACAGCAGCCGCAACCACAGCAAUCCCAGACAUCACAGGGACCAAAUGCCACGGGUCGGAGGUCACGACCGCAUGUGUCGCACAGGGGAACCCCGCUCUCCAUGCUGAUAUCUAAUGGAGUUAGGAUAAGCAACCAUAGACUAGCUGUGAUAAUUAUUGGUAUAAUUACCUUAAUCCUAGGCAUACUUUUAUCAUCCAUACCCUGGCUGGAUUAUUUUAUACUCAAGAACUUAAGGCUGUGGAAUGAUACGCUGAGCUAUCAUUAUUGGCAGAGGCCCGGCGUUAUCCGGCUGACCAAGCUCUACAUCUACAACGUGACCAACCCGGAUGGCUUCCUCAGCGGCGAGAAGCCGAAGCUGCAAGAAGUCGGUCCCUUCGUCUACAGAGAAGACAUGCAGAAGGUAAACGUGAAGUUCGACGAGAAUAACUACACCGUGUCAUAUCAGCAUAAGAAGAUACUGCAAUUUGUUCCUGAACUGAGUAUUGAUAAGGACACGCCCAUAGUCACGCCCAACAUUCCCCUGCUGACCCUCACCAGCCUGAGUCCCAAGCUGGGCUACCUUCUGUCCAAGACCAUAUCCGUGGUGGUGUCGGCCGCCAAGUUUAAACCCUUCAUAAACGUAACAGCCGAGCAGCUGGCCUUUGGCUAUGACGACGCCCUGGUGAGUCUGGCACACAGGUUCUACCCGAAGCAUAUGAGGCCCAUGGAACGGAUGGGCCUUCUCCUCGGACGCAACGGCACCCUCAUGGAGGUCUCCUCCAUCAAGACGGGCAUGCAAAGCAUGGACCAGUUUGGUUACAUCGACUCCCUUAACGGCAUGAGCCACCUGCCGCACUGGAACGAAGAGCCGUGCACUAGUAUCGCCGGGUCGGAAGGGUCCUUCUUCCCGCCGCGAGACCUCACAAAGUCCGAUAUGGUCCACAUCUACGACAAGGACCUCUGCCGCAUCAUUCCUCUCAAGUAUGUUGAGCGUACGGAGAAGGACGGAAUCUCCGCGGACCUGUUCAGGCUGCCAAACAACUCCUACGGCGACGCCGCUCACAAUCCCGAGAAUCGGUGCUACGACACAAGCGAGUACGAGGCGAUCCAGGGCCUCCAAAACAUCAGUCCCUGUCAGUACGGGGCGCCCGUCUUCAUAUCGAAUCCACACUUCUUUGAAUCCCAUCCCGAUCUUCUGGACUCCGUUGAGGGUCUCACCCCAGACCGGAAGAAGCACGAAACCUACUUCAAAAUACAACCGAAACUUGGAGUACCUUUGGAAGGCAAGGUGCGGAUACAAUUGAAUCUAAGGGUGACGCAUGCCAAGGACAUAUAUCCCGUGCGUGACUUUCGAGACUUUGUCUUUCCGGUCAUGUGGCUGGAGGAGGGUAUUUCCGAGCUGACGCCCGCCAUCAAGCGCUGGAUAUACCUGGGAACUGUUAUAGCUCCGCACGCGGUGCCCAUUGGAUCUUACUUGAUGAUUGCCGGUGGAGCCUUUGCCAUAAUCUUCAGCUUCGUCCGGGCCUAUCAGAGCUUCGUGUUCGCCCAGGACCCAACACUGGAGAUCCUUGAGAUGGGCCGGCGGUCCUUGCGUCGCGGCAGCAGCUUCAUUUGCCACCAGCAACACCGGCUGCUGCACCACCGUGACAGCUACUCCCUUCUGAGGCACGGACCCGUGGCCACCUGCCUGGGGGAGACGGGCCGGGAGGACGCCCAACCGAUCAUCGACACAAGCAUGGCCAUAAGCCAGGAUGCAUAGUCGUAGUCGUAAUCCAUAGGUAGUCCUUAAGGCGUGAAUGUGUGCCUGAUUGUGUGAGUCUGAAGCUAACUCUAGUAUCGUUCUGGCCAAAAUGGUGGCUCUUGUCACUUGUCAUUAUUCAACGUCCACAUCGAAUCAAUCAUUUCCACUUCCAUUGCGAUAUCAUCUAGCCGCCUACCAUCGCCAAUCGCCAAACGGGUUUGCUAGUUAGUAUCUUGUAGAUAGUCGUACAUAAAAUGCUACAAAUAAUUCACUAGUCAUGUUUACAAUGUGAAAAAUGCGAGCGCUCAUUUCUAGUUAUUUUUAGCUGUAAGUCUCGUUAAGCUAUAGCCACUAAUUAUAUUGUAUGUAUUUGUUAAAUAAUGUCUAGGCUGAGGACAAACGAAAUUAUAUGGUUUAAGCAAAUGAAGGAGAUUAA